GGUAUCUGUCCUUUAUUUAAGUAUUUUUUCCUUCAUUUGAACAAAAAUAAACAGUAACACAUCCUUUUGGUGUAUCGAUCACAUACAAAGAGGUGAAAGAGGCAAAACCAUAUAAUAGUUUAUAGUUUGUGUAUAAUUUAUAGUGUAAAGUGUGAGCUUGGGUUGGUGUUUUUUGUACUUUUGACAGACGAUCAUAAGCUGAGUCGGUGCCAGGUAAUUUCAAACGCAGCGUUUCUAUCAGCUCAACAAACACAAACUGUGUGUGUGCAAUUUGUCUCUCAGUGUGUUGCAGCUGCUGUAUUUGACAGGGAGAGGAAAGAAAGAGAGCUACGUUCACUCAGAGAUGGAGAAAGAUAAGAAAGACAGGACAGGAGAGGAAGGAGAGAGCUUAGAUUUAAAGGAAGGAUGCUCAGUGGGGUUUGAGAGACGUGGAAUUUAAAGCUAAGUCUAAGCUAAGUGUAUACAGGUGAGUGUGUGGGGAAGAGAAAGCAGAGUUGGACUGGUGCACAGCAGCUGUGUUCAGACUUAUGUCACGUCACGUGUAAGCUGGUAUAAAGAUGCCAUAAACAGUGGACUGUGAGUGCCGAGCAUGGAAGUCAGCCAGGUCUGCUUCCAUCUUAUUUCAUACAGUUGUGUAAAUCCACUGAGAGCAGUAGAGCCCAGCGCAGCAGCAACAGCACAGGUCAGCUGAUCACAGCCCAUACACUAAGACAAUCUGCUGGACCGGUCGGUAGAAAUCAUUGUUAGCUGUGAUUCUUUUCCCUUGAGCUACUACAGUCAACAUCCACCUGAACCUAAACCACUGACUGUUUUCUGAUUAUGUGUGGAGUCACCUUCUACGACGUAGGCAGCAAAAAUGGAGCUAUCAAAAAAACAAACAUUAUUUUCCUCUACUUCUGUUCUACAUAACUGAUUCAAGCUGAGUACAUUCAUUAGAUUUCAAAGUAAGACUGAAAUAAUGUUUCCUUUCCUGUGUACUCGUAUAUUUUUAUCAUAUUAAUAAGUUAGCUUUGCACAAAAAUACCUAGCAGUUGGCGCCGUUUUGGCUAGCAGUGGGCGCCGUUUUGGCUAGCAGUGGGCGCCCAUAAGCUGUAGUCGAACCCGAACUUUUACUGAGUAUGUUUCACACUAGAGUCUGUACGUCUGUGUGGCGGAGGUGGGGUCCCGGGCACGGCUGCAGGGGAGGAGUGGUGCAGUGAGCUCAACGGGGCGGUGCUGGAGACGCAGGUGAGAACAGCUGAUGGCGUUUGGACUGAUGAUGGUUUCCUUCCCUUUUGUAGUGAGACGGGAGAGGAGCGGAGGGGAGGCAGGAAAUCAGCUGAGACCGGAGCUGUCACACUGUGGAUUGAUGGAGAUGGAGAGACAGCGUAGUCACCCAGCACUGCUGUACACCUGGACAAAAGAGCUGCACUGACAGAGGCCUGCAAAGUGCUUCUCACACAGUGAGUGGACGAGGAAGCUGUCCACAUACGUGAACGUUAUCGGCUGUCAGGACAGAGACUGGCCAACUUUGAGGGGCAAACUCAGCCAUUUGGAGGGACAGAGAUGUUGUGGCAGGACAAGCAUGCAGCCCUGACUUUCAUGUCAUUACUGCUGCUACUGUGGCAGGAAGCAGCACCCAUUGAAGUCCCAGAAGACCCAAAGAUCCAGCAAGACUUGAAGCAGCCCCCAACUAUCAUGAAACAGUCAGUAAAGAACUACAUUGUGGACCCCAGAGAUAACAUCAUCAUUGAGUGUGAGGCCAAGGGCAACCCAGUGCCAACGUUUUCAUGGCGAAGAAAUGGGAAGUUUUUCAAUAUUGGGAAAGAUCCCAGGGUGACGAUGCGAAAACGCUCGGGAACCCUGGAGAUUGGCUUCCGCAGCGGAGGUCGGCCAGAGGACUACGAGGGAGAAUACCAGUGUUUUGCCACCAAUGACUUUGGAGUGUCUCUGUCCAACAAAAUCCUGCUCCGGGUCUCCAAGGCUCCUCUGUGGCCUAAGGAGGUGCUGGAGCCAGUAUCUGUGACUGAAGGCUCCGCACUGGUUCUACCUUGCAACCCUCCACCAGGUCUGCCUCCUCCGUUCACCUUCUGGAUGGACAGCAAUAUGAGUCCAAUCCCUCAGGAUAAACGAGUGUCCAUGGGUCUUAAUGGAGACCUCUACUUCUCCAAUGUUUUGGCCCAAGAUGCAAACACAGACUACAGCUGUAAAGCUCGCUUUCUGUUCACACACACCAUCCAGGAGAAGAACCCAUACAAACUCAAAGUUCAGACCAAGGAGCCAUACAAUGACACAUCUUACAAUGCCUCUGAGCCCCACGGUGACCGUAAAGUAGCAGAGUCCACGCCGACCUUCCUCUCACCAUCAGGAAGUGAGAGCUCCAAAAUGGUGCUGCGAGAUGAGCAGCUGCUGCUAGAGUGUAUCGCUGCUGGACUUCCAACACCCAUCAUCAAGUGGUUUAAGAAAGGUGGGGAGCUGCCAGGGCAGAAGGUCAAGUUUGAGAACUUCAACAAGACCCUGAAGAUUGUUAGUGUGUCAGAGGAGGACGCUGGCGAGUAUGUAUGCAUGGCCAACAACCAUUUAGGCACCAUACGCCACUCCAUCUUUGUUCAAGUUAAAGCGGCUCCUUACUGGUUACACAAGCCAUCAGACCAGGUGCUAGCCCCAGAAGAGAAUGGACGCCUGGUAUGCCGGGCCAAUGGCAACCCUAAACCUCGCAUUGAGUGGCUUGUCAAUGGGCAGCCUAUAGAGAGCUCUCCCACCAACCCAAACAGACAGGUGCUCGGAGACACCAUCAUGUUUCACUCUGUGCAGAUUGGAAGCAGCGCCGUGUACCAGUGUAACGCCUCCAAUGAGCAUGGCUAUUUGUUAGCCAACGCCUUUGUCAACGUUCUUGACCUGCCCCCGAGGAUGCUGGGCCCCAAAAACCAGCUAAUAAAAGUCAUUAAGAACAACCGCACCUUCCUAGACUGCCCCUUUUUUGGUUCGCCUUUACCGGAGCUACGCUGGUUUAAGAAUGGACAGGGCAGCGGGCUGGAUGGAGGCCAGUACCGUGUUUACAUUAAUGGUACCCUGGAGAUAAAGCGGGCCCGAGCAGAGGACGAGGGAACCUACACCUGUGUGGCCAGCAGCAUCUUGGGAAAAGCUGAAAACCAAGUGCGCCUGGAGGUCAAAGAGCCGACUCGCAUCAUUCAGGCCCCCGAGCACCAGUCAGCCAUCAGGGGCUCCACGGCUCGCUUCACGUGUAGGGUGACAUCUGACCCCAGCCUUCCUGCCAGUGUGGCCUGGAUGAAGGAUGACAAGCCUCUUUACUUGGGAUGGAGGUUGAAGAAGGAUGAUGAGUCUCUGUCCAUCCCCAAUGUGAACGAGGGUGACGAGGGGACGUACACCUGCACUGCUAAAUCUGAGAUAGACCAGCUCUCAGCCUCUGCUCGCCUCACUGUGUUAGAGGUGGCCACUCUCAACCCCUCAGUCUCUAGUGCCUUGCUUCCAGCCCGUCCAGACCCCCCCAUGGAUCUGGAUUUGUCAGACCCAGCAGCACGCAGCGUUCGCCUCACCUGGAUCCCUGGAAAAGAGCACAGGAGCCCCAUCACAGAGUUCUUGGUCCAGUUUGAAGAGGACCGCUGGGAGCCGGGUAGAUGGCAGAACUUGUCAUCUUACCCUGGAGACCUCAACUCUGUCAUCCUGCAGCUCGCUCCCUUUGUCAACUACCAGUUCAGGGUCAUCGCCAUCAACUCAGUAGGUCAGAGUGAUCCCAGCCGCCCCUCGCCCCGGUACAAGACCACUGGAGCUGCACCAGAUGCCAUUCCCAAAGGCCUACGGGGUUGGGGGUCCAGAAAGGACAAUAUGGAGAUCACCUGGGAGCCUCUCCUUGAUCUGGAAAGAAAUGGUCCAAACCUGCACUACAUUGUGUGGUGGAGACGAAAAGACGCUGAAGAGGAGUGGAAUAACCUGACCACAGUGGGGACUAAGCAUGUGGUCCACAAUACAGAAAUCUAUGUGCCUUAUGAGCUCAAAAUCCAGGCCAGGAAUGAGUUUGGAGCAGGACCAGAGUCUAACCUGGUCAUUGGAUACUCUGGAGAAGACAAGCCCACUGAUGCUCCACCUGACCUGCGGGUAUCAAAGGUUGACAGCACCAAAGUUAUCAUCCACUGGAACCCUGUGGACCUGAACUCUGUCCAGGGAGAGUUCAAGGAGUAUAGAUUAUACUACUGGCGUGAGUCUAGCCAGGUUCCAGGUCUGGUGGUCAGUAAGGAGAAGAAGGUCAAAGGUUUCUAUAGCACUACGGUCAAACCAUCUGGCAUGCUCAGCGACCUGGCGCCCUACUCGAACUACAAGAUGUUCAUGGUUGUGGCCAACAAUCGCUUUGAGAGUCAACCCAGCAACACUGUGGCAUUUACCACCAAAGAAGGAGUUCCAGACGCUCCAAGGUUCUUCAAGAUUAAUCGCAGAAGUUUGGACACGAUCCACUUGGAAUGGGCGAAACCUCUGGAGCCCAAUGGCAUCCUGACUGGAUACCAGCUCAAGUACCAAACAGUCGAGCUUACCGACUCCUUUGUGGCUUCUGGUUUCACUCCUACUCCUACUCCUUUUGGUUAUCCUUCUCCUACUACCAUUGCUACUACAACCAUUAGUACCUCAGCUACUCCCACUCCGACAACUACGACUUCAACCACUACUAUUGCCACCACUUCUACUACUGAGGCAACCACUACCAUCCUUCCAAUGCUGUUCACCACCAAGCGUAUUGACCAGAAUGUGUUGGUGGCUUCUGGGCGAGAGAUCUGGAAUUUGACGGUGGAGCCUAACAGUAACUACGCUAAAGUCAGCUGGACGCACAACUUCCCGGCCAGCAGCAGCGAUUUUGUACUAGAGUUCACUCUGGACAGUAACAAGACGAAGAAAGAUGUAAAGAGUCAACAGCCCCCCAUUAAUGUGGUGGAUCUCAUCCCAGGCGUCGUGUAUCACCUGAGAGUUUACUCCCAUCUAUUCAACAGUGUCAGCAGCAAAUCUGUCACCUUUAAGACCAAAGCAGCCUACAUAGACCAGGUAGACAUAGCCACGCAGGGCUGGUUCAUCGGAUUGAUGUGCGCCAUCGCCCUUAUCAUCCUGAUCCUCCUCAUCGUCUGUUUCAUCAAGCGGAGUCGUGGAGGAAAGUACCCAGGUGGUGGCUACACGAGCUGUUUCACAAAGGCUCUGGUGCGAGAUAAAAAAGAUCUCCCCUUGGACGCGGUGGAUCAAAAAGACCAGGAUGGAUCCUUUGAUUACCAAAAUGGGUCAUCUGUCCCUGACAGGAACGAGAACGAGAACAGCAGCGACGAGGACAACAAGCCUCUGCAGGGCAGCCAGACUUCACUGGAUGGCAACGUAAAGGAAAGCGACGACAGCCUGGUGGACUACGGCGAGGGAGGAGACGGGCAGUUCAACGAAGACGGUUCUUUCAUCGGCCAAUACACAGUGAAGAAGGACAAGGACGAGACGGAGGGCAACGAGAGCUCCGAGGCCACUUCGCCUGUGAAUGCCAUCUACUCGCUGGCAUAGCGGCUCAACAGCGCACACGGGGAACUUGGACUCUCUGAUUUGUUAUGAUAGAACCACACACAUGAUUCUAUGAGUAUAUGAAACACAUUACACACAGUGAAAGCAGCAGUGGCACCAGUCUGGAGACUGUCUAGGCUGUCCUCUGCAGGUAACGUGGAAAAAGAUGCGACCACAAGCCUUUAAUUUAUUUUUCCAGUUCUAACAAUAUGGUCCAUGGACACAUCUGGAGAAAGUGGACGAUGCUCGUUUUCCUUUGCGCUCUGCCUGCCCUUUACCCACACAGACUUGAAGUGUGCCUUCGGGAGGCAUCAAACGUUCUUUAGAGAUUUUUUGGUUUGUGACUCAGCUCUGCUUCCCGAUAACCUCCCCCGUGCCCGGCAUACCUCUGCGUAACCAAGUAAAGUAGUCACAGAGGUUAAAUAUACAUACACACUCUGGCCACAUCCUGUAACAUAUCAGCUUCUAACCAUAGGAUGCCGGCAGAUAUGUUUAUCAUAUUGAUAUUUAGGCAAUGAAAGAUUUUAGUUUUUCCACAGCUGAUAGAGGAGUCCGUGAAACUUAACGAAUGCUGUAUAAAGUCCUGGCACACAUUUUAGUGCCCUGCAAAUCUAUGCACUAUCACCUCCUUCAUACCAUUUUUGGUUCCAUCUGGUUAGUAAAAGUACACAUUGUGGGCUUCUUUUUAGCAGGUUCAGUCCCAAGGUGGACUUUGUUGCAGGUGUUCCCUCUUAUCCUGUGUUGCAGUUGUUCAAAAUGCUUUUGCUGGGUAAAGCUGUUUCAUGCUUUGUGCUCAGUUACAGUAUGUGGUUAAUUAAACCCAACGUUGUUCUGAAGCAUGGUCAUAAACUUAGUGCGAGAGAAAUGUGAUAGGUUUGCUCGAGAAACACCAGCGCACUAAAAAACAGUGAAUUCCCUAAUUAGCAUGUGGGCUUGUGCUACAUUCAUGUCUAGCUGACAGGGUUCGAGGGCAAUGGUUCCCACACUAAUAUGGGAAUCAUCGCCAUCAUGUUGUGGGAAUGUGGGAAAAACUGCAAAAGGAAGAAGUUUGAAUUCAAUGUGUCCUGCCGUGAACGUAAUCGUGAAAGACACUGGAAAUGUCCAGUCUGCUAUCCAAAGACAGUUUAGUCUGUGAACUCGAGGAGGUGUGGAUCAAACUGCCAACCUCGCAGUUAUUGGAUGAGCUCAUCAAAGCACAAGAUGACUGGUCAGUCACAGUCCUGGAUCAAUAUUCUUCUGAUAUUGCAGGACAACUGUGAGGCUCCUUAAUUCUGUUGACUUUGUUAAAGAGUUACAUCCAAUCAGGUAAACUGGCAGUUUUGAAAGUGUGUUUUAGAACCAGGCCAAAUGUAUGGUGGUCACACAGGGACAUAUUUCAACUGAAAGAAAAUAUUCUUCUGCCCCUCUUUAGCACUGCGAGUGUCAGGUUAGCAUCUUCGUUUUGUCUCCUGGGUCAUGAAUGUAGCACCAGAAGUCAUGAUCCAUAAGCCGUGUCCACACUAACCUUUGUGCGUCCAGCUUCACUCCGGCUGUGCAGACAUCAUUACCACACACUGUAUACAAUGACCUCCAGUACUCACUGUUACUGGAACAGCCACACGUGUUGAUCUGAAAGAGUCCACAUAGAUACGUUCAAUUCUUUUACUUUUUUGCCUUGAGGUGCUUUAUAUUGCAAGGUACAACAUGGGCGAGCGAAGGCCAACAAUCACAUGAUGUAGAUAAGGUGCAUCCUAAUCAGUGAGGUAAGUGCACUGCACUCUGUGCAGCCUGACCCCACCUGCACAGAGGGACCUCUUUGGAUCUUUAUGAACUUGAUCCGUUUCUUAUCGCUCCAAAAAGACAUAAUUACAAAACACUGCUACGUGAUACAAAUGAUUUAAAGAAUGAAAAGUACAAUUCACAGCCACAAAUGAAAGUUAUCUGCUUCAUUUGACAUUUUUGAGGUUCACUCCUGCUGCAGUUACUGAAGCUACUAUUAACCCCUGAGUGCUACAUCAAACAGGCGGACAUUUGGAAUAUUUAUUUGAUAUUUAUUACAUUAUGUGGAAAGCAUUAAUAUAUUAGUUCUUCAUUUAAUUCACUUCAUUUUUAUGUACAACUGAGCCAAACUACCGAUGGCUAGAGAAUAAAGUUAUUGUUCAUCGCGAGAGGCAUCAACACACAACUGUAUGUUCAACAUAUUUUUCUAGCAGCUACGUUUUCUGCUGUACCGACGUCUCUGUCCAUCCUUAUACUCAUGCUGUGUUACUGUUACUCUGUGUUGUUGUUCAGACUUAAGUAGCAUAACCUUUCCAUCAUUCUAAGAAUGAAUCGAUGUGUGUUCAUUAUUGCAGAUUAUUUGGUAUUUAUUUUGUACAUCAGAGUCCUGAAAGAAAAUCCUACCUUUGUAAAUAUUGAAGACUUGACCCUCACCCGCCCAAUGAGUCACAAAUCUGCAUCCACCAAGCAGCUGUAGUGGUGCAGUCUGUCCUGCACCUUUGUUAUGUAGCUUGGAUUAAUCUUUGCACUCUGAGGAAGAGUCAUCCCUUUGCGUUGUCAUAUACGGACUGUGGCAAGCCUUCUCAGGUGAUGGCUUGGUUUGUGUUGUGAAAGAGAAACAUGUUCGAUUCUACUGUGUUCAAAGUAACAGCUCCUGCAGCGUACUACCUGAGUUACACAAACUACUACAAGACCUGAGAACAUGAAUUUCCUGAGGUCCCCUCCUUGUCUCAGAUAGAGGCUGGAUACACAGGCAUGACAUGUGUCUCAUUACAGGGGUCAACAACUUUGAUCCCUGUAAUGUAUUCCACUUUGUUUGUUGGUCUUUGUUCCCCAUUUCAACUCUUCUCAGGUGCUCUUUGUCAACUUGUAAAUCUGCAUAUCCACAAAAACCUUGGUAAGAUGUCUUAAACUGGGGAAAAUCAUUCAUUUUCUGAACUUCCUCUUUCUUAAUGUGUCCUAGUGUGAGACGGCCAAUUAACUGCAGCCCCAAACCUGACAUGUGUUUCAAACGAUCCACAGCAAACAGGUACAGUGUGAUAUCAGACCACAUCAAAAUAACACUUCCACAAUCCUCAGCUGAUACACUUACACUGCAGAAUGAAACGGUUUUACUAGUUUUGAUCUCUGUAACAAAGACCAAAGGGAUGUUUGUCAUGAUGAUAUAUAAUCAACACUAAGCGUUCGGUAAAACUAACAUUUAAACGGCGUGUUCUCUUCUGUCUAGAAUCCGUUGACAGCUCUCUCUCGAGCACUGUACAGAUGAACCUUGGCAGUGUUAAUACAAUACAGAGUUGGACGAGCUGCCUGCUAAUGGCUGCAGUAAGAGGCAAGCCUUUCUAAUUCAGUCAGUUUGAUUUGUUAAAGCAAACUCAACACUUCAUGUGUACACUGAAGGACACGUGAAGGACACUAAAGGAGUAAAACUCCUCAAUCAUUUCAUGCAAUGGGAAACCCUUUAAUCUUCCUGUGAGAUGUUUGCCUGCAUACUGUAUGCAAAAACACUGAACGAGACCAGACAACCACAAAGCCAGGCAGAUCAGCAUCCACAUCUAUUGGAGAUAAAGAAUCUGAAUUUCAGGAGUGGGACAUGCCUCCAAACAUGCUCCUUCUGGUUCUUUUCUACAUAUGACUCCCCCACUUCUGGUUUUCAUGCCCCACCCUCACCUCUUCACUUCUCAUCAGUACACAGAUCUGCCAUGGAAACAGGGCAUGUGUUUUUGGACUUUGAUGGGAAUAGGGGAACAUUUGUAUUCUUUUAAUAAUUUACCUUGAGUGUUUUUGCCAGGCUGUCUCUAUCCCCAUCUGUGCUACAUCCAAGUGUUAGCUACAGUUAUCCUUCUUGUGAUGUAGCACAAUGCCACUUGAAAUUGAUUGAAGUUACCUGCUUAGCAGGGCGCCAGGUUAAAAACAGUUGUAGAGGAUUUUCAUGAAACACAUGCUUAUUUGCUUCCUACAGUGGGUUUAGAAGUUGACCCAGACCACCUGCUGCUGAAGUCUGCAGAGGAGAAGGCCACUUUACUUAUGAUAGACCUUGUGGCUCCAAAGUGAAAUUUGAGUUUGAGCAUCUCUAAAACAGAGCCCAGUAGUUUCCUUCUCAUUGCUGAUCUUAUAUUUCUCACGGUACGUCCCAGUCAUCUGUCCUCUCUCCUGAAUGUUAAAGCAGUGUCCUCUGAGUUUUAAUCAGCAGGAUGACUCCUCCCAUGCUGUACUGUGUUGACUAGCAGGACGCUGCUUGUGAAACUGACACAGACAGUGAGACAGAGCACUGGAAGAGGAAUAUUUGGUUGAAGAGCAGGUCUGAAUUGUAUCACUGGAACUGGAAAUCUUUGCUAAAAACCAUCACACACACCACUCCUUACUUGCUCUGCUGCUGCCCAUCCACCAACCUCCACUGGUGGACCACAGCAGGGAUGCUGGCAACAUAAAGAAACAAAGGUAUACAAAGCUUCGUGUGUGUCUACACAUCAGUUUAUGGUGCACAAAGACCAAGCUUCUUUUUCUUCACUCUUCACAUUAUCUUAGCUCACCUUUAAUUGGGGAUGAAAAUAGUCAAUGUGUAUUUUUACAGCCUUUGCUUUUCCUUCAGUUUAAAAUGCUGCAAAGUGUCAGAACUUACUGGUGCACGUUUCCAGCUGGAUUUUUCACAACUGCGUCAUAUUGGCAUCUUCUUGUUUUUACCAUGUGUAUCAGAGCAGCGUGUUCACACCUUGCUUCUACAUGCAGCAUAACAGCUUUUGUAAGGUACAUCUACUCUACAGGAAAUGGCUUAAAUAUAUUCACCAUGUAUGCGUGUAUGAUGACAUGUUGCAACUUCUGCUAGUGCGCCUUCUUUAUAGUAAAGCUAUCUCCUUUUCUCUA